AUGAAGCCAAAACGAGAACUAGCAGAUACAGAAUUGUCGGAAGGAUCCUCGGAAAAGAGAUUUUGUGAGCCUGGAACGAGUGAUAUGAUGGGGCAAAGACCUCAAAAAGCGAUUGAACUUCUGGAAUUCGAAUUACAGCAAGCACAGCUGAAUGUACAGGAAAUUGGACGAAUUAUCGUUGAUGGAAUGUUGGAAAAAUCGAUAAACGAUGAGAUUUUGAAGGAAUUAAUCAAAAAAGUGUCGAAAAACGUUCCAACUAUGGCAAAUAUCAAUUUAUGGAAUCUGUCGGAUGACUUGAGUAAAGGAGUCAUUGAUAGUCGACUUGUCGUCGUUGGAAACGCGUUUUUGUGGAAUCUGCUAAAAUCCUCCAUGUCGACUCUUCGUGAUAAGUUCGACCACUAUCACUUCAAAAUGACCACAAUGGCUGGUGCAGUGCAGGCAACCUCCUCCUCCGCCUCCUCGAAUUCCCCAAAUUUGACACAAUUCGAAUUUCUAACAAAUCGAUGUCAACCGGGAGUCCAUCGUGUGGCUGAUGAUGGCAUUUUUGUUGGUAUCGAUCUGCUGGAUGUUUAUAAAUCUUGCGUUUUUCGGAAAACUGGAGAUUUGGGAAACAAAUCCAAGCAGUUUAUAAAGAAUUAUCUGGCACAUGCGACGCGACCGAAGUGUGCCAUCUGGCACUACAGUCUCCGCCAAUCCGGCGCAUCGCACAAAAAAUGGCUUCAGAAUAUUCCCGAACACGUGCUGGAUUCGUUGAUUCAUUUCCAACUAUCACUAGCCGGAUUGGGAAUGGUCGAGUUGGAGGCGGAUAGAGAUGUGGAUCGAGGAGGAUUCUACAUGUCACUUGGUGAUACGGAGGAUGCUCGUGAGACGACACUGACCAGUAUGAAAAUGAUCAGAGAGCAAUUGAAACGAAGCACGAGAAAUGCCAUUCAACACGAUCACACGAGAGCUCAUGGCACCGCCGUUCUGACCAUUCCCUACUACAAACUCGGUCUGACCUACAACCCGAACCGUAAUCCUAACGAUGACGAGGAUGCUGAUGAGAUUGAUGUGGAAGAUGUCAAAUAA